GCGCACAUAAUGAUAUUCACUUCCGCAGUAUUUGUCACGUCUGAAAUAAACCGACUUCAGAAGUGAAAGUUAUUUUGUAUUUCAAGAUGAAGAGGUGGCUUGACGGGAAUAACAAGCGGAAAGAACCGGAGGUGUUCGAUACUGUUGCCGAUGGCCUAAAAUCUAUUUACAGAACAAAACUAUUACCUUUAGAGGAACAUUAUAAGUUUCAUGACUUCCACUCCCCCCAACUUGAUGAUCCAGAUUUUGACGCUAAACCAAUGAUACUGCUCAUCGGCCAAUACUCAACUGGCAAGACAACCUUUAUAAGAUACCUCCUAGAGCAAGAUUUUCCUGGAAUACGAAUAGGUCCAGAGCCGACAACAGAUCGGUUCAUAGCCGUUAUGAGUGGAGAUCAAGAUGGAAUUGUUCCUGGUAACGCCCUUGUUGUUGAUAGUAAAAAGCAAUUCAAACCACUCACAAAAUUUGGAAAUGCAUUUCUAAAUCGAUUUCAGUGUUCAACAUUAAACAAUCCAGUUGUUGAUAGUUUAACAAUUGUAGACACCCCAGGUAUUUUGUCUGGAGAAAAACAGAGGCUUGACCGUGGAUAUGAUUUUGCUGGUGUGUUGGAAUGGUUUGCAGAAAGAGUGGACAGAAUAUUGCUUCUUUUCGAUGCACACAAAUUGGAUAUUUCAGACGAAUUCAAAAGAGCAAUUGAUGCAGUCAAGGGAUAUGAUGACAAAAUCAGAAUAAUUUUGAACAAAGCAGACAUGGUGGAUCAUCAACAAUUGAUGAGAGUUUAUGGUGCAUUAAUGUGGUCCCUUGGAAAAGUUUUGAACACACCUGAAGUUGCAAGAGUAUACAUAGGUUCUUUCUGGGACAAUCCUUUACACUUCGAUAUGAAUAGGAAAUUAUUUGAACUUGAAGAACAAGACCUGUUUAAUGAUUUACAGAGCCUACCAAAAAAUGCAGCUUUACGGAAACUAAAUGACCUCAUCAAAAGGGCAAGGUUGGCAAAGGUACAUGCCUAUAUCAUUAGUCAUUUGAAGAAAGAGAUGCCCUCAAUGUUUGGCAAGGACGCAAAAAAGAAAGACUUAAUUAAAGGAUUAAAAGAAAUAUAUGAUGUUCUACAGAGAGAACACCAGAUUUCACCAGGAGAUUUCCCAGAUAUAGAAAGAAUGAAAGAAGUACUCCAGCAUCAAGACUUCACAAAAUUCCAUGCAUUGAAACCAAAGUUAAUUGAAACGGUUGAUAACAUGCUAUCUACAGAUAUAGCCAGGCUUAUGCAAAUGAUUCCACAUGAGCAAGAAAGUCAAGUAGAAGGACCAAAUGUAAAAGGCGGGGCUUUUGACACAAUGAAUGAGAGUAUGUUUGGUUAUGGAAGGGGAGAAGGCAUUGAUGAAGGUCGUGGUGAACAUGAAUGGAUCGUUGGUCAAGAGAAAUAUAAAUAUGAUGAAUCAUUUGAUAAACUUAAUCCAAUCAAUGGAAAAAUAACUGGUGCUGCAGCUAAGUCAGAAAUGGUCAGGUCCAAGCUGCCAAACUCUAUGUUAGGAAAAGUUUGGAAACUGUCAGACAUUGAUAAAGAUGGUAUGCUUGAUGCUGAUGAAUGGGCAUUAGCCAAUCACCUGAUCAAGAUUAAAUUAGAUGGACAUGAAUUACCAAAUACCUUACCAGAUCAUUUGAUCCCUCCAUCCAAGAAAGAUUUGUAAUUUAAAGAAUUGAAGUGGUUAUAUUAGUGAAAGGGCAUACCGGUAGUCUUACCUGUCAAAGAUUGUUAUAUUGUUAUACACAUUUAGAUUGUUACUUCUUGGUGUACACCUAAUACAAAUAUUAUGUUCUAAGACACGUGAUCACGCUGUACUUUAGUAGAUGAUCUGAUCUCUACAUACAAGAAACAUUUUUUGUUUGAUCUGAUUUUAAGUCUUAUUUUUGUUUUAAAAAAAUUGAAACAGUAGAAUUUCAUUUGAUCAACUAUUUUUAGCUCACUUGGCCUACAGAGUCUAUGAGAGCUUUUGCAAUCAUUUGGCUUCAUAGUAUGAAGGUCAUGACAAACUUUUCAAGAGCCUUCUCUUCUGAAACCAUGGGAUCAACUGUGACCUUAUUUUGUCUCCAUCAUUCUUACAAGGAUAGUUUAAUAUUAUAGUUAUGUCCAGUGGCCCCAGGACAGACCAACAUUAAUGGCUAAAGAAAAUAAAACAUAAUGGUUAAUCAACGAAAGAACUUAUUCAGAAAACUUUUUCAGUACCAUGGGUCUAAAUUUUAUUUCAAGUUGAAGUAUGAAUUGAAAAUGAUCAACUGGUGAACAUUUUAGCAUAUUUUUAGUAAGCAAGUGCAUGGGAUUACAUUUCUGAUUGUCCAAUGACUAUUUUUUAGGUACAUUUGUAAUUUGUCAAAAAAUUUUAUUAUUUUUUUAAAAUUGAUAAAUGUAUCAUUACAUGGUGGAUUACUAUUGGACCAAAUUAUAGGGUCAGCUGUAAUGGAAAUAGUCAUUAAAUACAUUUGUUCAUGUAUUCAAACUAAGGUAUAACUGGAGGCAAUAUAUUUCGGUUGGUGAGAAAAUCAUCAUGUAAUGAUAUUCAUUAUUUUCAAAGGCAUUUGUAUAGAAAGAAUUAUUAGAAUAAGCAGAUGAACUUUGAAAUUUACCAUUCUGUAAAAUUUUACAGGUGAAUUUGUCCUUAAUUUCAGAUAGAUUUUGUUCCCUACAAAUUGAAGUUGUUUCUGUUAUUGUAAAGCUAUCUUCAAUUGAUUUUCAUUUUUUUUAAUAAUAAUUAGGGAUGUCAACGAGUACUCGAGUAUCGCUCGGUAGUACCGAGUAUCGAUUACCAAAAUGAUACUCGACUAAUCGGUUUCCUGUAAUAAUGUUGUUGCUUUCUUAAGCUAAAACAAUAACAACAAAUUUUUUUGAGAGCGCCUCCCGGGAAAUUAAAUAUUAAUCAAAAUUAAUAAAACUUAAAAUUCGAUUCGAAUGUUUGUGUUUAAUUGUCAUUUAAAAUUCCUCCAAAGAGAGGUAGGAUAUAUGAACAAGAGCAUGUUUCCAAGGCUUACACCUUUGACUGAUCUUAAUUAUUCCUCCACUUCUCAACCGUAACUAUAUAUUUUCUUCAGCAGGACUGUUAGUUACCUAACAAAGAUGAGAAAUAGCCUCGUCCCAGAAAAAGUAUACAAGAUGAUAUUUAUAAAUAAGAACAAAUUCGUUGCACCCUGUGUUGACCCUCAGAAAAGGAUUAAGUUCUAAUCAUCACCCCUUUGGUGAUCAUUAAAUGUGUUUUUUACGAUUACUGUUGUUUGAGUAAUCAUUUUUCUAUAGAUAUUAAUUAAUUACAUGAUUAGAUUAUUGUCAGCUUACAUAAUCAGCUCAUGUAGUAAAUGAACUAUUAAUUAUGAUAUAAAAUUCCUUGGACUAUUAUCUAGUCCUAAGUAAUAAUGUUGAGGGUUUAACGUUUAUAAUGCAACAACCCACAAUACAUAAAAUGUAUAUAAUUUUGUGUUUCCAUUUUGUAAAUAUAAAAUGCUUGACCGAGCGAGUACUCGAGAAUCGCUCAGUAAAUCCUACGAGUACUCGAUUAGUUUAUCUUCACCGAGUUGACAUCCCUAAUAAUAAUACAUCCUUUGUGUUAAAGAAAUGCUUUAUGUGAUUAGCUGCAAUAAACCACUUAACAAAGAAACCAAUUGGUAAGAUAAGUGCCUGAUUUUCAUACAAAUUUAGCUUUUGUUUGAACAUAUUUUUUUAGGUAUAUUAUUUGGUAAUAAAUUUGUUUAUACAUUGUAAAUUUUGAUUUUAUUUUAUGAAUUCACUAAUAUAACUUAUAUGUACAUGUGUUAACCGCAAUCUAUGCAUGCUGUGUAUAUAUAACAAUCAUUUUUUUUAAUUGUCUGUAGAAUGUUUACCAUAACCAGAGGCGGAUUUUGUAACUAAAGGCAUUUUUGCCAAUCAAGGUAGAAAUGAAAGGGGAUCAAGGAUUAGGAAUUUGGUCACAAUUCCUGAAAACCAUUACUUCAUAUUAUAAUUUGUGUUCUGUUUACUGACAGUAACUCUUACAUUAGUUAUAAAACAGUAAUAUCAUUGAAAUGCAGAUUGUCAAGGGACUUACAAUGUAAGUUUCUCCUAUAGAUAAGUUUUGAUUGACACAAUUUGAGCAAGAGUUACUUCCCUUUGGAGGUCGGUUCACAAAUUCCUUCACAAAUCAGCCAAAUUUAACUUGUUAACUGCUAGAUAUAAUUUUAAUUUCUUUUAGCCUUGCUGGAUUCAUCAUUUCGAUCUAGGAUCUUCUAUUAGACUUUUUUGAUCCACAUGUUUCAAUUUGGAAAUCAACCAACCAUCUAACCCUUAAAAAUGGUGGCAAAGGGAAAUAACUCAAACUCAAAUUACCUCAUAUCGAAACCUAUAUUACUACUCUUUAUUAAUGCUUUAACAUUCUGAUGAGAAAGUUAAUUGGGACAUGUAUUCCUAAUACCCGAUGUUGACUUGACCACAAUUAAUCUACAAACUGAGACGAAAAACAUGAAAUCAUUGUAUCAGAUAUAUAUUAUUGUCAAACACCUAAAAAUUGUGCCUUAUCUUGUUUCUUCAAAUUCAUACUUGAGAGAAACAUAUGAUAAGUUAUACAACUUAUUUAUUUAUUUUGAAAACUUUUUCCAUGCUCUAUGUGCAAACAGGGUGUAAUGAAAGAAAUUGUUUGUUAGAACUAGAAAAAUGUCAGAUGUUUAAUGUAGUAACUUAUAUCUACUAUUAUUACCCAGAUGUUAUCUGAUUUACAAUAUAAUAAGCAGGAUUUAAAAUUGAUGUACAUUCUUCAGAUAAUUUAUUAGUAGUAUUGGGACAUAUUUACUUUAUCUUUUAUCAGAUAUAUUUAUUUAUAUUAUAAACAUAUAAAUAUUUAAA